UGUGCGAGCGAGGAGUUGGCGCUGCAGCAAGGAGCCAUCAUGCACUCCUCGACACCCACACCCACACAGACUGUCACAGACAAAGCUCAGGUGCAGCAGUUUAGCUGGAACCCGGCGUCUAGCCUGCCAUGACGAACACUGCCAGUACGCGCGGGCUUGCUUUGAUCGGCUGAAAUACGUGAUCGCCCUCCUCGCUGCUCAAUCACUCCAUGCUGCUCUCCUCUCAUGCCCUGCCUGCGACUGGGGCCCCUCGCUCGUAACAUGCUCACUGCCUUCCCUUUGUAUAAGACAAGACGUUGCCGUCUGCUGUCUUUUGUUCUAGCAUCCACUCUUUCCCCGGCACACUCUCUUUACUUGCUCUACCCACCAGAGCCCAAGCCACUCUCCUCCGGCUACUCUUUGCAACCACUCACAUCAUGAGACAGAGUACCUCUCUGCUUCUUGCAGGCCUCGCUGGUUUGGUCAAUGCUCAAAGCACACCUAUCGUCUAUGUGACGACCUACGUCACGCGUUGCGACUGCCCUGCCACCACCCUCGGUGUUACACAAAGUGCACGCUCAUCAGCAGCAGCACAAGUAGCACCAACGGGUCUUGUUGUUGUUGCCGGUCAACCUGCACGGUCUUCUGCGCCAGCCGUCGUUGUUGCUGCUGGUGCUUCACCGGUCGUUGCACCUGUCGUCGUGGCUUCCAUCAAAGCUGUCCCGGCCGUGGUCGCCGCUGCACCUGCUCCUGUGGCACCUGCGCCGGUCGCCAACAAUGUCGCUACCCCUGCUGCACCCAAAGUCAACACACCGGUCGUUGCUGCUGCCGCUCCACCGACUGCAGCUUCACCUGUUAUCGUUGCUCCAGCUGUGAUUGCACCAACAGGUCCUGCAGCAUGUCCUGCAACUGCCCAUCAAAAUUUCCUCGGUAGCAAGUCUUACCCACGCAUCAUCACACCUGUCUCAACGACGAACCCGGCACGUGUCUAUGGACCUCAAUACUUUGCCAGUAUCGGCAAUGGCAACACGACCAUUUUCACAUUUGACUAUCAAAAAGCAGGUACGUGUACGAUUGAGUUCAAGUUCCCAACAAAGGAAUACAUCAAGAGUUUGCAAGGUACGACUGAUUGGACGGUGAGUGGACCUGGUGGACCUAAUGUCCCCGUGACAUUGUAUACACUCGCCACGGUCGCUGAUGCGAAUGCCAGUUUUCAAUCGAAGCCUGCGCGCAUCUCUGCCGUCACGGGUACCUUGAUUCCUGGCACCAACACGACUUUGACGACAUUCGCUUGUCCUGUUGGCAAGAGUGUCUCGUAUGAACUUGUUGCUGAAAGUGGACAAGCAUUGACAUUCUUUGAGGACUACAACCCACCUCCUCUUGGUCUGUUGCUCUUGCAAUGCUAAAGCAAGUCUGAGGUCAUGACCAUUUCCAAACAUGUUACUCUUUUUUCAUCUGCAUAGAAGAUCUAUCAGUACAU